UUACUGACUGUUUAUUACUAACAGCUCCAUUAGUUGAACAUCCCUGAUAUAACAGAAACAGGAAAUAAAGACGUAGUUUGGUCCGGUCUGGAGAGCAGACAGGAAGUAUCAGACAUUGUUAAAUGAUUUAAUAUCAGCAGAGGGGCUGAUGGGUAACGUAGUUCUCUAGCAGGCUGCUGGCAGAGCAGAACAUCUGGAAACAUCGUUUGCUUUGAAAGUUUCAGGCUGGGAGAGUAAAACUGAUCUAAAUGUUUCCUCUGGUUCACUGGUCACCACUGCUUCCUCCUCUUCCUCCUCCUCUUCCUCGAUGUUUUCUCAGGUCUUAACUUUCUUCCUGACUCUCUUCUUCUUUCAGUCUCUUUCCUCUCAUCUGUUUCUUCUCAUUUCCCCUCGUCAAACUUUUCCUUGUGUCCAUCCCUCCUCUCUCUCUCUCUCUCUCUCUUUCUGCUGACUCUGCAUGUUUUCUGCUCUCUGAUUGGACGGUUCAGGGGUCACGGGUUUGUUUGCAGCAGCCUCUGCUCCCUGAUUGGGCCCCUGCUCUCCUGCAUUCUGAUUGGUUGAUGAGCGGCUUCCUGUCAGCUGCUCCAGAUCUGCUGACUGGCUGUCAGGACCUCUUAUGGCCGUCCAGCCGGCUGCCUGAGGCGCUAUUAAUAGAUGACACCUUGGAGCCCCUCUUCCUCUUUUUCCUCACUGGUGUCCUAGCAACCUUCCUCACCUUCCUCUCAUCUCCUUGUGUCCUUCGUGUCUUGCUCCCUUUUUCUCUCUAUUUAUAUUCUUUCCUCCCUCUGAUGUCUCUUCAUCUCAGUCACAAUCUGCUGGCUCCGCCCACUUCCUGUGGACUCAGUGGACUCCGCCCACUCCCAGUUGAACCAGAAUGUUUUUCCAGAGUUCCUCCUGAAGCUCCUUCCUGAUGAAGGUGAUGACCUUUGACCUCCUCUCCCCCUCAGGCACAUGAAGAUCCAUGACAAAGACCCGGCCAGCGGCCUAGUGCCCCUCAGCAGCCCCCCGUCCCCCACCAAGCGCCGCCGUCCCUCCGUGAAGCGGCGCCACGGCCUGGAGGACGACCCCGGAGACGAGCCGCCCGCCAAGAAGGUGACGGAGGAGGCGGGGGCGGACGAGUCGGCGGUGCUGGCUGGGGCGGAGGAGGAGCUGCUGCCGUGUCCCAUCUGCUUCAAGACCUGCAGCUCCAGACUGGACCUGGACGCCCACAUGGACACGCACCCGGACACUCUGCUGAGGUAGGGACGCACCAGUUAUCCCAGUUACCCCCAGUACCACCCAGUUACCACCCAGUUACCCCCAUUAUGACCCAGUUUCCUCCCAUUACCACCCAGUUACCUCCCAGUACCACCCAGUUACCCCCAUUAUGACCCAGUUACCUCCCAGUACCACCCAGUUACCUCCCAGUGCCGCCCAGUUACCUCCCAGUACCACCCA